GGUUCAGGUGCCCGGCGGGUUGCGGCCGGCAUGGGACUCCGGGCACAAAGCCCCCAGGGCCGCGCCAGUCUUGGGGCGCGAGUCUGUGGAGCAGGGGUCGACGGGGUAGCGGGCGCCGGCUCUUUGUGCCUUUUCAUUAGCAAUCUAAUCCGAACGGCGUCGGGCGAGCUAUGCUGCCUGACAGGCGGGCGUUUUCCCAUUAUGCAAACGGCUGUGCGCCUGCGGCUGCCCCUCUCUGGAACGCUUUACGGUUUCCAGAACUGCGCUUGUGUCUGCGGUCCUUUUCCUCUAGUAGUACCCUUCCUGGCUGGGAGACUGGCCGUGUCAGGGACAUGGUAACCAGGCUUUGAUGCACCCUCAGGAAGUCUGUGUGCUCAAGGAGGCCACCCCCGCCCGCCGGCUGCUGCUCACAUGGUUUCUGGGCCCCUGGCACUCCGGUGGUGCCCGUGGGCAGGGCACAGGGACAUGGGGCCAGACAUGGAGCUUCCCAGCCAUUCAAAACAGCUCCUGCUACAGCUGAACCAGCAGAGGGCCAAGGGCUUCCUGUGUGACGUCAUCAUCAUGGUGGAGAACUCUAUCUUCCGGGCCCACAAGAACGUCCUGGCUGCUAGCAGCAUCUACUUCAAGUCCCUGGUCCUACAUGAUAACCUCAUCAACCUAGACACAGACAUGGUCAGCUCCACCGUGUUCCAGCAGAUCCUGGACUUCAUCUACACGGGCAAGCUGCUGCCCGGAGACCAGCCGUCCGAGCCAAACUUCAGCACUCUACUCACUGCCGCCAGCUACCUCCAGCUGCCUGAGUUGGCAGCCCUCUGCCGCCGCAAACUCAAGCGAGCCGGCAAGCCCUUUGGCCCUGGACGAGUGGGUACUGCUGGCAUGGGGCGGCCAACCCGCAGCCAGCGGCUGUCCACAGCCUCUGUCAUCCAGGCUCGGUAUCCAGGGCUUGUGGAUGGGCAGAAAGGACACCCUGCUCCCCAGGAGCUCCCUCAGGCCAAGGGCUCAGAUGAUGAGCUUUUCCUGGGCAGCUCCACCCAGGAGAGCACACACGGCCUGGGCUUGGGGGGCCCAGCUGCUGGGGAGGUGGGCUUGGGGGGCUGCAGCACCAGCACCAAUGGGAGCAGUGGGGGCUGUGAACAGGAGCUGGGCUUGGACCUGUCCAAGAAGAGCCCACCCUUACCUCCUACAACCCCUGUCCCCCACCUCACUCCUGAGGACCCAGCCCAGCUGAGUGACAGCCAGCGAGAGUCACCCCCGCCCACGUCCACCUCUGCCCUGCCUGUCAGCAACAGUGCCUCAUAUGUUGAGCUGGGGGCCACUCCUGAUGAGCCCAUGGAUCUGGAGGGGGCUGAGGAGAACCAUGUGAGUCUGCUGGAAGGACAGGGCGGGCAGCCUCGGAAGAGCCUCCGGCAUUCAGCCCGCAAAAAAGAUUGGAACAAAAAGGAACCUGUGGCUGGGUCCCCCUUUGAUCGGAGAGAAACGGGGUCUAAGGGUUCCUGCCCAGGGGAAGAAGGUGAGGCGCCUGGGGACAGGGUUCCCAAUGGUGUUCUGGCUAGUAGUGCUGGUGGAGGUGGCCCCAGUGCAUCCUACGGGGAGCCGCCAUACCCCUGCAAGGAGGAGGAGGAGAACGGCAAAGAUGGCAGUGAGGACAGUGGGCAGAGUGGGAGUGAGGGGGGCAGCGGCCAUACCGGUGGCGCCCACUAUGUGUACCGGCAGGAAGGCUACGAGACAGUGUCAUAUGGGGACAACCUUUAUGUGUGCAUCCCCUGUGCCAAGGGCUUCCCCAGCUCCGAGCAGCUCAAUGCUCACGUGGAGACACACACAGAGGAGGAGUUAUUCAUCAAGGAGGAAGGGGCUUACGAGACCGGCAGUGGGGGUGCAGAGGAGGAAGCUGAGGACCUGUCAACACCCAGCAGUACAGCCUAUGCAGCUGAGCCUCGUCCUUUCAAGUGCUCAGUUUGUGAGAAGACCUACAAGGACCCAGCCACACUGCGGCAACACGAGAAGACACACUGGCUGACCCGUCCGUUCCCCUGCAACAUUUGUGGAAAGAUGUUCACACAGCGAGGCACUAUGACACGCCACAUGCGGAGCCACCUGGGCCUGAAGCCCUUUGCCUGUGAUGAGUGUGGCAUGCGUUUCACUCGCCAGUACCGCCUCACAGAGCACAUGCGUGUGCACUCGGGUGAGAAGCCCUAUGAGUGCCAGCUCUGUGGGGGCAAGUUCACCCAGCAGCGUAACCUCAUCAGCCACCUGCGCAUGCACACGUCCCCUUCUUAGAAGCCAAAGACCCGCGGGAGCCCUCUGCAGACUUGCCGCCUGGGAACCCACGGAAGCAUGGUGGGGGGGUUGAGCCCCAGAGUCUGACAGGAGGCGCCUGGCAGCCCCCCUGGCCCAACCUCCUCACGCCAGAGCUUUAAUCAACAGUAUACCAAGGGAAGCCACGGAGAGAAGCUGACCAGUCUGGCCCUGCGCAUGUGGUGCUGGUGACUGUUCUACCUCCCAGUCCUACUUGGCUUUCCAGCUCCCUGAGGGAGCUGCUGAAGAGCCGGUGGGAGUCCGUCAUGUGGGUGCCAGUGGGACCUGGUUGGUCUCUUUCCUGCAGGUUGGGCUGGGCCACAGGGCUUCCUGUGGCCAAAAGUGGUGCCGUCAGCUGUCAGGGACCUCGGCUGUGUGUGUGCAUGCGUGC